AUGCAGACUGCUUCUACAAACAUUUGUGAAAGAAUAGGUCGCUCUCAGGAGCUCAGUGAAUUCAAGAGUGGUACCGUGAUAGGUUGCCACCUGUGCAAUAAGUCCAUCUGUGAAAUUUCCUUGCUACAAAAGAUUCCAUGGUCAACUGUUAGUGGUAUUAUAACAAAGUGGAGGCAACUGGGAAAAACAGCAACUCAGCCAAAUGACAGAGCGGGGUCAGCACAUGCUGACAUGCACAGUGUGCAGAAGUCGCCUAUUGUCUACAGAGUCAAUAGAUGAAGACCUCCAAACUUCGUAUGGCCUUCAGAUUAGCACAACAACAGUGUGUAGAGAGCUUCGCGGAAUGGGUUUCCAUGGC